AAUAAGCUCGUUUCUGCGACUUGCUGCCACUUGCCACACCCAAUUUCUCUCUCUAAGAAAAAUUGAAGAAAAGAAAUAGUACCAGUCGCUCCGCUCAAAUGGAAAAUAUCGGAGCUUGAAACCCUAAUUUUCACAAUCUCUCUCGCGCGCUCUCCCUCCCUCUCUGCUUCUCCUUGGAUCCAGAUAUGUGAAAUUCAAGCUUCAUUGUUGGGCUGAGUAAGAUUUUGUCCAUAUAUCUCAAUGAAUUUUAUCGUGGAUGGAGCUGGAUCAGUUAAUGGUUUCAGCUUGGUGUUAGCUUAUAUUUGACCAUUUCUUGGUUGGUACUAACUUGGGUGUGUUGAAUCUGACUGGACAUGCGCUGGAUUAGCGAUCACUGACGAAUUCCUGGCACUGAAUUAGCAAAUUUUUGUUAGUGAACUUGUCUGGGUUAUAUCGAGGAAUAGUUUUGAACAUAUACAGUUAUUGAAAACGGAGAGAUGGUGAUUGGAAAUAUGAGCAUGGUUUAGCUGAUGCGGGAUUUUGUAAAUUUGAGCUUACUUGUAGUGAUUAGUGGAUAGAGAACAGGAGUGAUAAAAUUGUGUUUGGUUGUCGAUGUACCUAAGCUUUAGCAGAAUGAGUUUACCAAGUGAAGAUGAACUUGGAUCGAAUCAGUACUUGGAAACAAGCAACGAACCACAAAAGAAGCUAAAAAUUUCAUAUACAAGAAAAUUUCUACUAUCCUUGAGUGAAUUGGAUGUUUGCAAAAAAUUACCAAGCGGGUUUGAUGAACCAUCUCUAAGUGAAUUUGAGGACACUUCACAGGACCGAUAUAGAAUUCCUGUCAGUUCAUCAUCACAAAGUUCUAGAUGUAAUGAUAAUAGUUCAUCCCCACCCACUAGAGGGGACUCAAGUAAUUUUUUUCGAGGUAUUCAUGGAAGGUGGGAUAGUCGUUCCUCUGGAAGGAGUGAUCGAGACAGUGACUCUCAAUCUGAAUGGGAUUCAGAUUCUGGAAGGCGUUACAUUAACCAAUCUCGGCGACCUUGGCAAGUACCUGAGCAUGAUGGACUUCUUGGAAGUGGUUCUUUUCCUAGACCAUCUGCAUAUGCUGCAGGGCCAUCAGCUCCUAAGUCUCGAUCUAACGAUCAAUUCCAGCUCAAUAGGAAUAAUGAGCCAUAUCAACCGCCUCGCCCUUAUAAGGCAGGGCCUCAUUUGCAUAGGCAGACUAAUGAUUCACUUAAUGAUGAAACAUUUGGUUCAUCUGAAUCCACAAGCGAGGACAGAGCAGAGGAGGAAAGAAAGAGAAGAGCUUCUUUUGAAUCAAUGAGGAAAGAACAACAUAAAGCUUUCCAAGAAAACCAGAAACCAGAAAAGUCUAAAGAUAAGUUUGAUUUUACCGAGUUACUAGAGGAUUCAAAAGAUGAUAAAAGAUUUCUGAAUAGAACCAAUGAAUUGAACAAGACUGUGAUACAACCUAUGCCAACCAACGAGCUUGAUAAGCCUCUCCAUUCCUCACAAGCUCCUGUACCUAGACCUCUUGUGCCUCCAGGAUUUUCAAGCAUGAUAGCAGAGAAGAGUACGGGGACAAAAUCUUUAACCAAUCCUCUUCCUUCAGAGGCUGGCAAUGAACUUGAGCUAAGCCAUUUGCAAGCUAAAGGUACUUGUGUUUUAGACUGGACUUCAGAUAAUCAAGAUGGAAAACAAUCUUCAGAGGGAAUGCAUUCGAAUUUGCAACAGCCUAGAAGCCCAAUUGCUCAUGUUUCCAUUAAUAACAAGAGCGAAAGGAUUCUGAAUAUAGCAUCAGUUUUUGAUGUUUCAAGUAAAGAAAUUGGCUCCAAGACUUCAAAUCUUUCAGAAGUCUUUAUAGCUUCUGAGAAUUGUGAAGUAAUAGAUCUUGAUGCUGGGGAUGUCACAGGGGAUAAAAACGUGGGUGACUCUGGUUCAUCCCAUUCAACCUCAAUUCUAGACAAGCUUUUUGGCAGUGCUUUAACACUAAAUGGUACUGCUUCCACUGGUCCCUCCAGUUUCAUUGAGCAUCAUGAUGUUAAAGUAGAUGACACAUGGAGCCCUAAGACCGGUCAAUCUUCCAAGUUUGCUCAGUGGUUUAGUGAAGAAGAAAAGAAACCAGUCGACAAUCUCCCAUCUGGCAGGCCAAAUGAUUUGCUCUCACUAAUUGUUGGUGGUGAAAAAGGUGGAUCCCAGGUUAAAGCUACCGAUCACGUGCUGCCAACCUUUCCCUUCCAGAGCUCUGAACUUGAAGACAGGCAUUUGUCAUCAAAUCUAAAGCCUGUCAGUGUUGAAAAUAAUGAGAAGAGGUCCAACGCUGAUAAACCAGAUGUAGUUCCAGCUGUACUUACAUGUGAAGACCUUGAACAGUCUAUUCUGUCAGAAAUUACUGAGAAUGGUUCAACUUCGCUGCCACCUGUGCAUGGCUGGAGUGGUGGUCAUGUUAAGAUUGAGCAGCAGAAAGCUGAAUAUCAUGCAUCCCAGCACCUUCUUUCGUUGUUACAGAAGGGGACAGGCCUGGAUAAUGCAGCACCAUCUGCCAAUCUAGGGAUUAGUCAGAUCAGUGUUGCAGACAGACUACAGAAUACUGAAGUGGCAAAUCCAAGCAAUGCACCUCGCAAGCUGAGAGAUGCAGAUGCUGAAAACAUUCCCAAUCCAGGGAAGGCUUUGACUCUCGAAACACUUUUUGGAACUGCUUUCAUGAAGGAACUGCAAUCAGUAGGAGCACCUGUUUCUAGUCAAAGGGACUCUGUUGGACAUGCAAAUGAUAACGCUUCAGAGUUUCAUGGGCUACCCGUACCUGUAAUAGAUGAUGGCUUCCUUCCUCCAGCUGAAAUUGUGUUGAGCUUGUCAAGUCACAGAAGUGGUGUCUUGGCAUCAAAGCAAAGACAGCAAAUUGUAUCAGAUAGAACUGGAGAGCAUUUGUUAGGCUUCAAUCCUCAAAAUGAAGUGGAUUCAUCACAUCUUCGAACUGAACUGGGCUCUAAGAUUGGUGGCUUUGAUGGGUCUGUUGAAAUUCGACUUCCAGAAGAGGAUAACUUGAUUGCAGUCAGUGGCCCUCUGAAUCUCCAAAACUUUCUACUUGCCAGGACUUCAGCUAAAUCUGAGCUAUUACAGACUCCAGGAACAUCAGUUGAUAUUGCUGAGAAACUUGCGGCUCUGAAUUCUGGAUUCAGGGAAGAAAGACCUGUUGUAGGUCAAGAAGGUCAACCAUUUCUUCGUGGUCCUUAUGAUAUGAGGGAGCCUGAUGCUCACUUUCAUAAUCUCCAUGUCCAGUCAUCUUCUUCCCAGCUUCACCCCCCACAGUUGAAUCAUCCAGGGCCGAUGUUCCAUCCAUUAGGUUCUCAUCCUGCAAACAUGAAUGCUCAGAUGAAAUUAUUGGCCCCUGAGAACAUUCAUCACGAUGCUCCUAAUAAUCAAUUCCCAGCAAGUAUGCUCCGCCCCCCUUUCAAUCACCCCAGCCGCACACUGACUGGAUUUGAUCCUAGCACACAUAAGUCUGUGUUACCACAAAUGCACAUGCAUGGCAAUUUUCCACCUGCUCACCUACAACGUGAAUUUCCCAGAGGUGCGCCUCUGCCUCCACAUCCCAGCAAUCAGGUGACUGGUUUUAUGCAGGAACCAGGUCCAAUGCAGGGUUUCCCUUUUGGUCAAAGGCAGCCCAACUUUGGUGCCCUUGGAACUCCACCUCAAGCUAUCGAUGUUGGUGGUGAAAGCAAUCAUCCGGAGGCACUCCAAAGGCUGAUCGAGAUGGAGCUCAGGUCAAAGUCCAAGCAAGCUCACCCAUUUGCCACCCCGGGCAAUGGUCCAGGAAUAUACGGUCACGAGCUAGACAUGGGUUUUGGAUAUAGAUAGUGGAUUUCGACUCUGGUUGUGAGGCGAUACACUAACGAUCUCAUGCUUGGAUCCACAUGGCAUGGUGAAUGGGUUUGAUAUGCUUCUUCGGAAGGGAUUGCCUAUGGUUGGAUGUAAUUAAUGGAGUUGACAGGGAAUUGGCAUCUAGUUGGGACUUUUGCUUGCUUAUUUCACAUUUGAAAAAUACCCCUUCCCUUCUUUAAUACAUAUAUAUAUUUAUACAUAAA